AUAAGUGCAACCCAGAGAGCGCAGCGUGGUUCAGUCUACAGUAUCUGGACCGGACCGAGGCGGGCAGGAAGCACAUUCGCAAGGCGAAGGCGAUGGAGGACAACGAGGAAAAGAAGAAGGUUAAAAACUCCUCUAAGAGCGACAGAGUCACCCUGAAAAAAGAAAUUGGACUUUUGAGCGCCUGCGCUAUUAUCAUCGGGAACAUCAUUGGCUCUGGGAUAUUCAUUUCACCUAAAGGAGUGUUGGAGCAUGCAGGAUCAGUGGGGCUGUCACUCAUCGUAUGGGUUUGUGGAGGAGGGAUCUGUGCCCUUGGGUCCAUGUGCUAUGCUGAACUUGGCGUCACCAUCCCAAAGUCUGGAGGAGACUAUUCGUAUGUGACAGAAAUCUUUGGAGGGCUAGUGGGCUUUCUGUUGUUAUGGAGUGCCGUGCUCAUCAUGUAUCCAACCACGCUGGCAGUCAUCGCUCUCACCUUCUCCAAUUACGUCUUGCAGCCGGCCUUCCAGAACUGCCUGCCUCCGUUCAUUGCUACCAGACUCCUCGCCACCAUCUGUAUCUUAUUCCUGACCUGGGUGAAUUGCUCCAGUGUGCGCUGGGCAACAAGGAUCCAGGAUGUUUUCACCGUAGGAAAACUCCUUGCUCUGGCACUCAUCAUCUUGGUAGGACUUGUCCAAAUCUGUAGAGGUCACUAUGAUGCCCUAAGGCCCAGUGUGGCCUUUGAAUUCAGCCAGGACCCCUCAGUGGGACAAAUAGCGCUGGCCUUCCUUCAGGCCUCCUUUGCCUACAGCGGCUGGAAUUUUCUCAACUAUGUUACAGAGGAGAUCGUGGAGCCACGCAAGAACCUGCCCCUUGCCAUUUACAUUUCCAUCCCACUGGUGACACUUGUCUACACCAUGACCAACAUCGCUUACUUCUCCUCCAUGACCCCUGAGGAGCUGCUGGCGUCCAACGCUGUGGCAGUGACAUUCGGGGAAAAGCUGCUGGGGAUGUUUUCCUGGGUGAUGCCGAUCUCUGUAGCACUGUCCACCUUUGGAGGAAUCAAUGGAUAUCUGUUCACCUCCUCCAGGUUGUGUUUCUCGGGAGCCAGAGAGGGUCACCUGCCCUACCUGCUGGCUAUGAUCCACCUAAAGAACUGCACUCCAAUCCCCGCCCUGCUGGUCUGUUGCAUUGCCACCAUAUUUAUCCUGUGCAUUGGAGAGACACACAACCUGAUCAACUAUGUGUCCUUCAUCAACUAUCUGUCUUAUGGUGUAACCAUUGCCGGCCUCCUCUACCUCCGCAAGAAGAGACCCAACCUGGCCAGACCCAUCAAGGUAAACAUGCUGAUCCCCAUCAGCUACAUGAUAUUUUGGGCUGUGCUGCUGGGCUUCAGUCUGUACUCUGAACCAGUGGUUUGUGGCCUGGGAAUGGUCAUCAUGCUGACUGGAGUCCCUGUAUACUUUGUGGGUGUUCGGUGGAAGGACAAACCCAAAUGGGUCUACAGGCUAGUAGAAAGAGUCACAUACAUGGGCCAGAAAGUGUGUUAUGUGGUGUUUCCUCAGGAAGACCCUUCAGAGACUGAACCCCUCACUGCCUCCAAAGCCAUUGACUGAGCAGUGCAGUCAACCAGGAAGUCCCUUUUUAGAUCAACCUGUACUUCCAGUUUUUUGUGUUACAGUUUAUCACAGUUUGGUCAGUUUGUGGUGAUGGUGAACAGAUGGUUUCGUCCAUGUUCUUGAACAGGUGCAGCCUGAGUGGGGCUGCGAUGAAGCGCCAGUAUAAAAGAAGCUGAUGGAUAUACUUUGGGCAUUAGCAUGUUAAGCCCUGAAGUUGAUAAUGUUUAUUGUUGGUUUGGUAGUACUGUACCCCUCUUUGUCCUCACCAGUAUGCCAAGUUUUUCUCUUCUUUCAUGCAGAUCUUUAGCUCAUCAUCUCACUUCUACUCACUGAAGGAACCUCCAUCUGUACUCUUCCGCUUCACUUCCAAGAUAUUCUUCUUUUAUGACUUUAACUAAAUCCUUGAGCUAAUGUGCCUUAUGAAAUGUAUGUGUUGGUAUAGUGUAUUGGUUUGUGCGGGUAUUUUGAUUGUGUAAUAACUUUUAUGAGGUAAAUAUGCAAGCAGUUUCUGCACUUGGCAAUACUUCUCUUUUACUGCUGCUACCUUCAGCUCUCUCUCACUAAUUACUCACAUGAUGUUUACUGUGGAUGAGUAUUUUUCCGUCUGUUUCUCUGCCAGGCCGCAGUAUCUGGCCUUCCCUUUUACUUUACAUCCCUCUCUUUUUUUAUUGUCAUGCCUCUCCUGAGAGAUACUGCAGGUGCCUUCAUAUUGUUAUUAGAGAGGUUAUCCACACAACACUCAUCUUUCCCAGCAAUAUUCACAGCACAGGAGUAACAGGAGGAUGAUGGGAAGUUUGUGGCUGUCAGCUGGACCGAAUGGCUGACUCUCUCUCAAAAGAUUAAGCUGCAUCAUUACAACACAUGUUGACAGGCUGUUCUUCAGGUUUUUAAUGUACACCUGUCUCCUUUGGUCUCCGAGCACCCCGAGCCUCUGUUGAGCUUGUUGCUUUGGAAAUGUUCUCAUCUCUGGGAAUGAAUGCCACUGUGAACUCUUUAAUGUGCUUGACCUGCCAAGACAGUUAUUAGAUUUCAGAUUUUUCACCUGAUGUGAUUCACUACUUAACAUUAAUGUUACAUUAGCAGGACCCAUGUUGACAGAUAGGUGGCAGUGGAUGUUUACUUGUGCAUGGGCUUUCUCUCACUUCCCCAAAGACGUCAUCACUGCAGUUACCCCAGCACGCUGACUUACUAUGAUAUUAUUAUAUAAUAUAGUUGAACUGAUUAUCAUCCCAUUGACCUACUGUGUACUUUCAUUGGUAGUUGAAUCGAAAAGAUAUUGACUUAUUAUGACCCAAUUGAGCAACUGAGUUUAAAAACGUAAAAUAAUUAAGAUCAAGUUUCCUUACUGAAGUUGUGGUACCACUACCUUAACACAGUAUGCUAAUUUACUGUGGUCAAGGAGAUAUUUGUGUUUACGUGUGUUUCGGUAAUUCCUUAGAGCACUUGUCUAUAAGCUGUUUAUGUUGUACUGUACAUGCAACAGAACAUAGAAGGUCUGGGCCAGUGGCCUUUUUAACAUGAUGAAACAAGCAGGUUGGAACUUGGAUUGAACAUUCAGUCCUUUUCCAGGCCAGAUUCCCCACCACAUCAAAUCCACAUAAAAACACUCAAACUUAAAGAUGACGUGUAUAUCUGUCUGCCACGUCCAGACACUGUUAGCUCAGCUGAGAUCUGUAAAUACUGUGUAAAGAAAAAAGACAAACUGCCUUUGGACUUUGAAAGAUCACAUUCCUCAGACAUGUUGUGAUACAUUUACAUACUGUACAAUUGAUGGGUGUACAUCUGUGUUUUGUAAGUGUGUUAAGUUGUACAAGAAUAACAAUGUAAUUGCUCAUUAAAUAUAGCAACUUCUAAGAAGCAUAA